AUGGCCCUGGGCAAGUUCAAGGCCGCCCUGCGCGACUACGAGACGGUGGUGAAGGUGCGGCCGCAGGACAAGGACGCGCAGCUCAAGUACCAGGAGUGCCACCGCGUGGUGAAGCAGAAGGCGUUCGAGCGCGCCAUCGCCAGCGACGAGCACAAGCGCUCGGUGGUCGACUCCCUGGACAUCGAGAGCAUGACCAUCGAGGACGAGUACAGCGGCCCCAAACUGGAGGGGGGCAAAGUCACCCUGGGCUUCAUGAAGGAGCUGAUGCAGUGGUACCGGGAGCAGCGCAAACUGCACCGGAAAUGCGCCUACCAG